AUGGCCGCUGCCGAUGCUGCGACUGGUUCCACGUCGCAAGCUCACAACCGCGAGGCCAGCAUCUCCGACGGCCUCCAUCGCCUCGACGACAGCACCACGCGAGAACCGGUAGCGUUUCCUUCGCUCACCCCUCUCUCACACCAUCUCGAACUUCUCUCGCCCGUCCACACCUCUAACUUCUCCGUAGACGAAUUUCUAGUAUCUCGCACCAAGGCAUCGGAUCUCAACUUUAUCCUCGGCGAUCUCCGCAGCUACAGCGAGAAGCUCAAGGAUGAGCUCUAUUCGAUCAUCAAUGAGGACUACAAGGACUUCGUAUCCCUCGGCAGCAGUCUCAAGGCUGAAGCACAUCGUAUCGCUCGUCUUGGCUGGAGCAGAUCUUCUCGACCUUUGGACAAUGAUGAAGAGAAGGAGCAGCAGCAGGAUGGUCCGCCGCCGCAAGGGCUGAUGGUACCAGUGCGAGACACGCUGCUCGCGUCGAGAAGCAUGCUCAAGAGCGUACAGGAUGAUAUUGCAGACUCCAUCAGGCGGAAAGAGGAUGCGACGAGCCACAAGGCAAGGUUGGAGCUGAUGCUGCAGUUGCAUGAUUCGAUUGUGAGGUUGGAAGAUUUGCUGUUGAUACAGCCGGAGAAAGGCAAAGGCGGUGGGAGGAGGAGGUCUUCACGUGCCGUAAGAAGGCCUUCGGUGAUGAGUAUCGGCUCAGUGGGAGGGCGAAGGGACAGUCUGGCCUCUGUAGCGUCCGGCUCGGAUCAGGACCUGAGUGACUAUGCCAUGUCGUCUGAUUACGACAAGGACAGCGAGAGCGACGACGAUGCCUCUUCCUCUGAAGAAGCUCAACCAGCACACACAAACGGUGAUGCCUUUCAGCCAAAACAAUCGAGACGCAAGAUCAUACGCCGACUCUCUUCAGCCGCACAUCAUCCACACACUACCCCAGAUCGCGCGUCACUCUCGCCGAGCCGCACCCGAACCCAGUCAGGCACUCUUGCAGGUCCCUCCACUUCCACCUCAGCAUCCUCCUCCCUCCUCGGCUUACCGCAACGCAUCGCCCGCACAUCCGCCGAAUACUCUCGCCUCCGCUUCCUCCACCGUCGCAUCGACGAAGAGAACCUCACAGACUUCGCAGACGCCCUUGCCGACCGCAUCGACAGUAUCCGCUCUGUUCUGCGGCAAGACCUCCGCACGCUUCUUCGAGCUCUCCUCACCUCGCCGCACUCGCUCUUGCUUUACGGUCGUAGCAGCGCGCUUCUCCCUUCUUCGCCAGAAUUGCGCAAGUCGCGACCGAGCGCAAGAGGUGCACGGAGAGCGAGCUUCUUGCAGAGUCUGUCGACCAAGCCAGCACCAUCAGCGAUAGUGGACAGUGCAGUGGAUGAGUUGGAUGCAUGGAGUCAGAUCGCAGAGCCUGUGGUUGAAGAAGGGGAGAAAGAGGUCGAAGCUGCAUAUUGGGAAGCAAGGUUAGAUGAACAGAGGUCGUGGCUUGAGAUGGCUCUGUCUACGUUGAAUACGCUGACACUAGUACGUAGGGAUGAGCAGCAGAAAGGAGAGAGCAAGAGGAGGAAUGAGGCUGAAGAAGCUGUCCGAGAUCUGUUGGUCAGUGAUUGGGCUGCGAAGAACAUCAUUGAUAAGCCACCAGCAGAUGACACAACCGAUACAGAAGCCUUCUGGAGCGGGUUGCCAGAGACACUUCGGUCCCAACUGCAGGAGCACCACACACACGUGCAAUCCCUUCUUCUCGCCUCAUCAAGCUCGACACCUUCCAUUCAGCUAUCGAAUGUUUACAACUCGAUCCUCACCUUUGUCGCUUCUGCGGCAUGGCACGUUACCGAUGCAUCUCGCGAGAUCUCGCUCCAAACUUCUUCUGCCUGUACCACUGACCUGGACGGCACCACCACUUCCCCUGCCGAAAGAGAAUCGCAAUGUGACAUAUUCACCAACGUCAUCUGGGACGAACUCUCCAGGCAUCUCCUCACCACCCUGGGCAAUACAAUCUUUUUUGUCGGUCAAACAGAUACUUUCUACUCGAAUUUCACACUGACUAACACCUUUCUUCAGCGGUUGCUCUCUCUCGCGCCGACUCAGGAAGCCAAAUUGGCAGUGCAGGAUCAUCCGAAUUGGCUAGCAUUCAAACGGAGGUGGCAAUUACCUGUCUACUUCCAGAUGCGGUUUAGGGAGGUGAUUAGCACCCUGGAAGCUGCAUUUGCUGAAGGGAGAGCUAAAGUGGAAGAGCAGGCGGGUGGGAAAUUGAUGAAAGCAACACAAGCAACGCUUGCAGCAAUAGAAAAGCUUUGGUCUGAGGGUGUACACAUUCAUGAGCUCUCUGCGCGCGAGUGGAGAGUGACACUUCAGAUCCUAAGUAGGUACAAGAGUUGGAUCGAAGAGCAGUCUCCUGCUGAGUUGGGUGGUAUGGCUAGUAAUCGCAACCUUGAUGCGUUGCGGUCUACUGGUGGAGGGGGGUCAGGUGAAGGCUCGGGUAGGAGUAGCUUUGAUCAAUCGCAGCAGCAGAGAGUGGGGUCGAUGGAGCUUUCUCGUGUGGGAACUCCUCAAUCUGCCCCUGAUCUUUCUUCUGAACAACAUGAAGAUGAACAGCUGCAACUUGCGAUUGAGCUACUUGCUGAUUCGCUUGCACUGCAGGAAAGAAUGGAGGCGAUGUUGGAUCAUGUUAUUUUCCCUCGUAUCACAUCUGACAUUUCUGCGCAUAGUCAAGAUCUUUCGUCGUUGCGAGAGGAUCUAGCAGCAGUGUUACGCGAAGAAUCAAUGGACUUUAUCUCUCCCGGUCUCGUCUCGGCUGUUGGUCGAUUGGUAUACAAGAUCAUCACUCCAAGGUCAGCUGCACCCUUACGACUGCUCCGAUCGUAUUCGACGCCCUCCUACCGCCCUUCCUCGACCUCGGGAAGUAGAGCAGCAUCAGUGCAAGUCAUCGAACAACUCUUGCAACCUCUGGAAACCUUGCUCUCCCUCGAACCCCUCCAAUCCAUCCCCACGGAAAUCAAACGAAGCUGGAUAUCGAAAAUCCUAAACGAGACCUUGCAAAGAUACACCAACACAAUCGAAACUAUCAACAAAAACCAACAAAGUUUGCUCAGGCUCAAGAAGAGUCAAACCGGUGGACUUCUCGGAGGACUGUUGAAAUCCACUCCCGAUCCCAAAACAGACCGAGAGGCAGAAAAGAACAUGAUCGAGACCAACAAACAGGCCCUAUCGACAUUUGAAAACAAGGUCAAAGCCCUACAGCUCGAAAUCGAUCUAGAAAAAUCGCAAGGCUGGAACUCACUCAAGAGCUUUGUAGAAGCUCAAGUCGAUACACCAUAA